GAUAAAUUUCGAAUACGAAUACAUAUACUGUACCAAACGGAAAAUUUCGAAAUUUCGCUUAUACGAAAGUAUUUAAAUUCGCUUUCAAAGCUCUAUUUUGUGCUACGAUUUCAUCUACAGCCCUAGGUCUCAAAAGUCACCAAAAUGAGUUGCGGCAUCUCUUUGGUUAAAUAUCUUCUAUUUUUGUUCAACUUGUUAUGCUCGAUAUGUGGCAUAUUGCUCAUCGUCUUUGGUAUCCUGCUCUUCAGCAACAUACACAAUAUCGAUGACAUAGCCGAGGCAGUACAAACCCAACAAGUGCCCAUUACAAUGAUCGUUUUGGGUUCGGUGAUAUUGUUGAUCUCCUUCUUUGGAUGUUGUGGAGCGAUACGCGAAUCGUACUGCAUGUCGAUGACGUAUUCUGUACUUCUCUUCGUGCUGAUGAUCGGCCAACUGGCAUUGGUUAUAUACAUGUGGGUACAAAAGGAUAGAUAUCUGGUAAUGAUGGGCGAUGUUGUUGAAAAGGCAUGGGCGCGUCGUACACGUAAGGCAGACUACAUGGACGCCAUACAAAUUAGUAUGGAAUGCUGCGGUAAAAACUCCUAUGUGGACUAUUCAUUCCAAGGUUACUAUCCACCUUCCUGCUGUAAGGACAACAGCUGUCGCAUUGAGAAUGUUUAUCGUCGUGGUUGCAAACAGGCAUUCGUUGAUUUCUGGGACAAGAAUAGCGAUAUUAUUAAAUACGCGGGUCUGGUUGUUGCAGCCAUUGAGUUCGUUGGAUUUAUAUUUGCUUGCUGUUUGGCGAAUAAUAUUCGCAACUACAGACGUCGCUCGGCCUAUUGAGCGUAGUGAGCGUGCUCUACAAAAAUUCGAAUAAUUUUGCAAAUAUGUGUGUAUUAAAAACAGCAAAAAUGGACGUAAAAUUUAUGAUGAAUUAAGGCAAUGAAACCCCCUCGAAUUUUACAAUUAAUGUACAAUAAAAUGAAUUUUUCUAUGUUAGUGAUUUCUUAAGCACAACAAAAAAGAAAUAAUUUAAAAAUACAUAUAUUUUCACAUAGUAUAUACAUAUGUACAUAUCGCACGUUUAAAAAUAUACAGAUUUAUUUCGAAAUUUCAAUUUUGAUUUACAUCUCUACAUUAUUAAACGUGCGAUAUAUACAUAUGUAUGUAUACAUAUGUAUGUAUCUUAAAAAUUUUGAAAAAAAUUCAACCGAAAUCUCGAAUAUAUGUAAGCAUGAGUUAAAAUCAUCUACAAAGUAAAUUUGUAUAGAUAUCGAAUCAGGACUCCAUACUACAAUGUAAAGAUAUAAUUAUAAUAAAAUGUUUUGUAAAAUACUUAUGUAUCUUUGCACAUGCUAAGUUUUUUGUAUUAAAAAUUCAUAUUUCUACAAAUUAGUUUACAAUACCUUUAUGCAUGGAUGUAUGUAUGUAUUAUGCUCAAUGUCGCAACGUCCUGCCUUAAAUAUUUAUACAUGCAAGUACAUGAAUAAAAUUUACAAAUUUGUACAAAUGUAUGCAUAAGGUACUUAUAUAAGCCACAUCACGAUGAUUAUUAAGAAAUAAAUUUGUUUAACAAUAAUAUUA